CGGGCUGGGGCGCAGGCUCCGGCGGCCGGGGGCGGGGCGACGCCGUGGAGGGAGCGCGCCCUCCGCAGACUCCCUGAGCUCCUCGGCUCCGGCGGCGGCGUCUCCCGCGCGCACCCAGCCGCCUCCUAGCGGCGCGGCGCCCGCUCCCAGGGUCUCUGUGCUGUUCAGGCUGGCCUCGAGCUCACUUUGUAGCACAGCCUCUCGAGUGCUGGGAUUACAGGCCUGUGACACCAUGCGCAGCUUUUCUCAAAGGAAAUUUUAUAGAGCAAAUCAGUAGCCUAAAAUGAUGAGUGUGUAAACUCAGUGGAAUAAAUGGCGUCCAAAGUCACAGAUGCUAUAGUCUGGUAUCAAAAGAAGAUUGGUGCCUAUGAUCAACAAAUAUGGGAAAAAUCUGUUGAACAAAGAGAAAUCAAGGGGUUAAGGAAUAAACCAAAGAAAACAGCACAUGUCAAGCCAGACCUCAUAGACGUUGAUCUGGUAAGAGGGUCUGCAUUUGCGAAGGCAAAGCCUGAAAGCCCGUGGACUUCUCUGACUAGAAAAGGAAUUGUCCGAGUUGUGUUUUUCCCCUUUUUCUUCCGGUGGUGGUUACAAGUCACGUCGAAGGUCAUCUUUUCCUGGCUCCUUGUCCUUUAUCUUCUUCAAGUUGCCGCAGUAGUGUUGUUCUGUUCCACUUCCAGCGCACAUAGCAUACCUCUGACGGAAGUGGUCGGGCCCAUAUGGCUGAUGCUGCUCUUGGGCACAGUCCACUGUCAGAUCGUCUCCACGAGGACACCCAAGCCGCCCCUGAGCACAAGUGCUAAACGGAGAAGGAAAUUGAGGAAAGCAGCGCACUUGGAAGUGCACAGGGAGGGAGAUGGUUCCAGCACCACGGAUAACACGCAGGAGGGAGCGGUCCAGAGCCACGGCCCCAGCAGCUCCUCCGGGGUCGGCGCUGUCUUCAGGGACCUCUGGCGCGCUGCCUUCUUCUUAUCUCGAUCAACAAAAACAAAGAAUUCAAUCGAUAAAUCAACAGAGACUGACAAUGGCUACGUGUCCCUGGAUGGGAAGAAGACUGUUAAAAGCAGUGAAGAUGGAGUACAAACUCAUGAACCUCUAUGUGAAACUAUUCGGGCAGAAGAGACAGCCUGGAUGCCAGCAGCACCGCGGAGUGUCCUCAGCAAAGAUACCCAAAGGAUAAUAACAAAUGUCUCUGACGAAGUCUCCAGUGAGGAAGGUCCUGAAACAGGAUAUUCACUUCGACGUCACGCGGACAGGACUUUAGAAAGCGUCCUUCGGAAUAGAAAGUCACACCAUUACAAGAAGCAUUAUCCUCAUGAGGAUGCCCCUAAAUCGGGUACUAGUUGCAGCUCUCGCUGUUCAAGUUCCAGACAGGACUCUGAGAGCACAAGGCCGGAAUCUGAGACGGAAGAUGUGCUGUGGGAAGACCUGCUGCACUGUGCGGAGUGCCGCUCCUCCUGCACCAGUGAGACAGACAUGGAGAACCCUCAGGUUAACCCCUGUGCGAAAAAAGAAUAUAGAGACGACCCUUUCCACCAGAGUCACUUGCCCUGGCUCCACAGCUCUCACCCAGGACUGGAAAAGAUCAGCGCUAUCGUGUGGGAAGGCAACGACUGCAAGAAGGCCGACAUGUCCGUGCUUGAGAUCAGUGGGAUGAUAAUGAACAGAGUGAACAGCCAUAUUCCAGGAAUAGGGUACCAGAUCUUCGGAAAUGCGAUCUCUCUAAUCCUGGGCUUAACACCAUUUGUUUUCCGGCUCUCUCAAGCCACAGACUUGGAACAGCUCACAGCACACUCAGCUUCAGAACUUUAUGUGAUCGCAUUUGGUUCCAAUGAAGAUGUCAUGGUUCUCUCUAUGGUUCUAAUAAGCUUUGUGGUUCGUGUGUCUCUUGUAUGGAUUUUCUUUUUUUUGCUCUGUGUAGCAGAAAGAACUUAUAAACAGCGAUUGCUUUUUGCAAAACUCUUUGGACAUUUAACAUCUGCGAGGAGGGCUCGAAAGUCUGAGGUUCCUCAUUUCCGGUUGAAGAAAGUACAGAAUAUCAAAAUGUGGCUAUCUCUCCGUUCCUAUCUUAAGCGUCGCGGGCCACAGAGAUCCGUUGAUGUAAUCGUUUCAUCUGCCUUCCUGUUGACUAUCUCAGUUGUAUUUAUCUGCUGUGCUCAGCUGCUUCAUGUGCAUGAGAUCUUCUUUGAUUGCCACUACAACUGGGAGCUGAUCAUCUGGUGCAUCUCCCUGACACUGUUUCUCCUAAGAUUUGUCACCCUGGGAUCAGAAACAAGUAAGAAGUACAGCAAUACCUCAAUAUUACUCACGGAGCAGAUAAACCUCUACUUGAAAAUGGAGAAGAAACCUAACAAAAAGGAAGAACUGACACUAGUGAACAACGUUUUAAAGCUGGCUACUAAGCUACUGAAGGAAUUGGACAGCCCCUUUAGGUUAUAUGGGCUGACGAUGAAUCCGCUGCUGUAUAACAUCACCCAGGUCGUCAUCCUGUCAGCUGUUUCUGGUGUCAUCAGUGACUUGCUUGGAUUUAAUUUAAAGCUGUGGAAGAUUAAAUCGUAAUCAUCCAGAGAAGAGAAGAGGUCGCCUCUUCUCCGGAAUCCAAGUCCCGCCCUGGGCUGCAGGAGUCUCCACUGGGAAUCGAAGUGUUUACAUCAGACUGUCGUGUGCAAUCCUUCUAUUUAUUUUUCUUGUUCAUGUUUUUACAUUUAUUUUAGUGUUUAAAUUUUAUUUUUAAGCAUUGAUGUUCUUAGUUGCGGAAAGGGUGGUAAAGCUGAUCUCCAGAUACCUGAGACCCUGGUGGUGGCUCCUCAGAGGACACCGCAGACACAAGCCAUCCGUGGCACCGCUCCUCCCUGGCCUAGCCUUGCCUUAUCCGGGAGGAUGCUGUGCCCUGUGCCCAGCACACAUGGGCUCCCUGUUCCUUGGUAAACUGAGAUGCAGCCAGGGUUUCUCCGGACACUUCGGAGCCGUGCCGGGGUCUAACUGACUAAGCUGCAGCGAAGCCUCCUUCAGUAUUAUACGUACGGCAUCACACAGCAGGUCAACAAGUGCUCUUUGAUGAUAAAACCCUUAAUGGAGCAAUAAUUGUAAAUGGUUACCAUACUGUAAGAUAUUUUGAUAAAAAUUAAUUAGUAAUAAUUGUAUUUAUUUGAAACACUGGGCUGUUUGCACAGCUCCAACUGUGCAUGCUCAAAAUGUGCACUUUUAAACAUUGUUACUUUUACUGUCUCCUCUGUGGGUAUGUUACAUUGUCCUGGGGCAUGAUACGGUAUCCUUUCAGUGAGGUCUGAACUCAGCUCACAAGUGAAGUGCCUAUUGAUAUUACUGAACACAUUAUGUUUACUCAAAUAGAAUAAUUUUCUCCCGUGGUACCCUAAGGUGUGUGCUGUUCAUACCACGUUUAAAUGAACAACUUAAGAAUAAGCUUAAGAACCAGUAAAAUGUUCCUCAGCUAGUUAGAAAAUUAUACCCAAGUUUUCAGAGAAGACAGCCUCAGCUUGCGAAUUCUGCCCUCUAACCUGCAUCUGGUGCAUCCUCCCCCACUGUCUAAGGGCUACUUUAGAUGCAGUUCACUGCUCUCCCUUCAGUAGUUUGCAAGCGCCCAGAGACCUUACUGUGUGGGCGCGUUAGGUGUGCAGGACGAGUGUGAUAGUGUCUUACUUCGGCCUUGAUUUAAGUCGUUACCUUUGUACAAUCAGGAGUGUUUUAGGGAUUACAUGAAACAUAAAAUGACUGUGUUUUUUUUUCAACUGAGCAUCUGGUUUCUAAAACAAAGAAUUUAUUUGAAACAAUCUAGACUUUUCCUGGUGCAACGUGUAUCACUGACUAUCCUCAUGUUUUUACCGUGUUUUCUGGAAUUUGUAAAUACUGAUCUGGUUGGUGCCGCUCUAACCUUCAGAUCAGGAGAGUGAGGGGAAGGGGCGCGGCGCUGCCCUGCCCGGCACCCCGCCCCCGGCCUCCGGCCAGCCUCGCUGCAUCUCCAGUGCAUUCUCCUCCUGCCGGACAACUGGAAGCGUCCUGUCCAUUGGCCUCUGUUCCGACGUGUCCAACGAUGACCAAAGUGCAUUCUGAGGGUUUUCAAGGGACGAGUUCCUCGAGCUUUAAGAACAUUCUUAGUUUCUUGUGAAAAAUUAGGCUUCGUCUGAUGUGUUUCUUCUUCCUCUAUUGUGUAACAUUGAGGUUUUUAGGAAUUAUAUUUUAUAAACUUUUUCAAAAUAAGGUACAUACCUAUACAGAACUUAAGAUUUUGCACAGAAUAUAACAAAUAUAUUUUGAGAAAAAAAAAAGUACGGCAUGAGUUCUGUUAGGAAUAAAAUAUGGAAGUAUUGUAUCUCAUAAAAAGUUAUUUCAGAAUAGAAAUAUUUUUGAGAAAAGUAGCUGAGUAUGCUGAUUUAGGGAAAUGCUUGUUUAGGUCAAAGUUCAGCUUAACUUAGAGUUGGCAGUUGAAAGUUAUUAAUAAUAUGUUGAAUUAUGUGACUAACGUGAGCAACAGUAGAAUACUAAAAGUUGUUAUUUCAAGCAAUUUCCGAACGUUGACAGAACUGUUUCAAAGUAGAACAUUGACGUUGCUGCCUUUAAGAACCCCAUGAAUGUAAAGGCGUGUGGCAUAUCACAUAGUACGCAAGGGCAGAUGCGGGAUCGUGCCACGUGUGUGUGCUGACUGUGCUUUGCCACGUGUGCUGCAUGUGGGAGUUUGGACAGUAAGUUUGAAAUAAAACAUUCUAUGACUGACUUUUUUAAAAGUCA